GUGUAAUCCCUCCCAGGAGCAGAGUGCGCUCAGGGAGCCUGGGCUGCUAAAUGCUCCGGCUUCAGAGGGACGAUGGUGGAGGGCUGGUAAAGAUGGCGGCUCUCUCCGAGGAUGGGAGGUACGGAUUAAAUUGUGGCCAACAGGGCGCCGAAAGAGUAUCCGUACUACACGUCAAGUUGACCGAGACGGCGCUGAGAGCGAUAGAAAACUACCAAAGUAGUUCGAAUAUACCAUCUUCAAGGCCAACAGUACAAUUCAAGGGACUUCAAGGGCACAUUAAAAUUCCCAGGACUGAAUCCUCCGACACCUUCCACAACUUUGAUUUCUACCUGUCCAAUGUGGGCAAGGACAACCCUCAGGGAAGCUUUGAGUGCAUCCACCAGUAUGUGUCCAGCUCAGGGGCCUCACACCUGGCAUUGUUGGCGACCGUUCAGGACAAGGUCACAGUGUGCGCCACCAAUGACUCCUACCAGGUGACCCGGGAACGUAUGACCCAGGCCGUGGAGGACACGCGUGAACGGGGGACCAAAGUCAUCAAGCCUGGGGGGCAAUACCGAGGAAAGCAGGUGCACACUCGUAAGCCAGCACUGUCGGCACCGGAUGUAGUCCCAGAGCGCAAACGCUCCACGCCUAUCAACCCAGCCAACACUAUACGCAAGUGCCUUUCCAACAACCCUGUAUCUCAGAGGCCCCUCCGGGACCGCAUCAUCCACCUGCUGGCGCUCAAGUCCUACAAGAAGCUGGAAGUGCUGGGCCGUCUGCAGCGGGACGGUAUCAACCAGAAGGACCGAAACUCACUGGGGACCACCUUGCAACAAGUGGCAAACCUGAAUCCCAAAGAUAACACUUACUCGCUGAAGGAGUUUAUAUAUCGCGACGUGCAGCGGGACUGGCCUGGCUAUUCUGAGGAUGAGAAGAUCCAAGCUGACCGGAUUCUAGCCCGCAAAUUGGGUCUCCCUACUGAGAGAGUCUCAUCAAACAGUUCGCCUAAAGACGGUUUCCCUUCAUCCCCGCAGAAACGCCAGGCAGACUUCGACUUCAUCGACCCUCUGGCUCCCAAGAAAGCCCGCAUCUCUCACCUGAGCAGCCGAGGGCCCGCUGCCUCGUCCUCCGACCGCCGCGAGGACGAGAGCAGCCCCCGCUCCAAACACUCGUCCCUGCCCCCCAGCGUGACCUCAGGGCCUCCCACCCAUCUCCCCAUACCUUCCCACCCGCCGGCGCAUCAGCAGCUCAGCCCAGCCUCCAACUCCAACUCCCCCAGCACCCCGGAGGGCUGCGGCACUCAGGACCUGCCCAUGGACCAGAGCUCUUCCUGCAGAGACCCCUCGCCGAGCCCCUUCUCCCGCUCCCUGCAGGAGCGCUGUCCACACCCGGCCCCCAGAGCAGCCGCCUCUCCCAGCCCGCCCCCCUGCACCUCUCUCAUAGUAACCUCCACUGUUGUCACCAGCCCUCCUUUGUCUAGCAGUACAAGUAAGAAAUUCAAGAAGAAAUCCAAGAAGCACAAAGACAAGGACCGUGAGUGGGCCAAAGGGAAACAAACGGAAAGAGCCUGCAGCAGCAGUUCUCCUGUUGCGGUGGCAGAGGAGAGUCACACGGUGAGAAAGAGGCGCAGCGCUGAGGAAGUCAUCGAGGAAGCUGUUGAGAAAAAUCCUUACAAAGAUCAAGUCAAAGAGAAGCCAGUCCACUCCUCUGAAUCUUCUUCCAAAACUGAUAUGCCCGACUAUGUAGUGAAGUACGCGCCGCUGGCGUCUCUCAACCAGAGACAAAGCUACAAAAACGACUUCAACGCAGAAUACGACGAGUACCGUCAGCUGCACGCCCGCGUGGAGGGCAUCACCAGGCGCUUCACUCAGCUCGACGCUCAGUGUAGGAAGCUGGUUCCCGGCACCAAGGAGCACCAGAAAGUGCAAGAAGAAGUCUUGAAAGAGUACAAAAAGAUGAAACAACACAACCCCAACUACCAUGAAGAGAAACAGCGCUGUGAAUACCUGCACAACAAGCUGGCCCACAUCAAGCGACUAAUAGCUGAUUUUGACCAGCGCAGAGCCCAGGCCUGGUGCUGAGAAGCCAGCACCGAUCAGUAUUGUGAACGGAGUGUCAAACCAGGGUGGGAGUGACCAAACCCGCUCUUAUUUAUUUAACGCCUCUUCAUUUCCUGCCCCUACAUCCUUCUCUCUUCCUAUUCUUUUCAUCCUUCAUUCCCUCCCUCUUUUCUUUGAUUCCACAGGCUCACUAAUAGCCUGCAAUAUUGAAAAUCUUUUUUCUCCUCCCUGUGAUGAAUUUGCUCCUGUGGAAUUGAUGCCACUGGAUCAGCAGAAAGGAGCAGCCUGCUUGUGUGAAAUCUUCAGCUCUAACUUGUGAAGGACUCUCUUCAGACUAAAAGUAUUUUUGAGCACCAGAGAGAAAAUAUUAACUUGUAUUUAAGUAAAAAAAACAAAACAAAACAAAGAAAAAAGAGGGAGAUCUAUUUAUUUUGAGACUCGUAUUGAAAACAAGAGUUAGCAGAUGAUAUAUUAAUUUUUUUUUCUUGAGCAAUGCAAAAAAAAAAAAGGAAAAAAAGUGUAUACCACAAGCCUUAUGUGUUGAAUUUGUGAAGCCAUUUUUGCACGCAAGAUCCAUGCUUCUCAUUUAGCUGAGUUUUUUUUUUUUUUACCUGCUGCCUCGUUUUCCGCUCCUCUCAAACAGAAACUGUACUGGAAAAACUGCUGCCGAAGCUGAGCGAAAAGGGAAGGAAACGAGGCAGCGGGAAGGAAUCACAUGAGCUUAAUGAGAAGCAGCAAAACCUGUGCAUGGAUGGUAGAUAAUUGGUUGUGAAAGAGGGGAGAGGUUGGGGAAACCAAAGGCUUGUGAUCCUGUGACACCUCUGGGUGGGAGGUAGGGGGGCAGUAUUCUUUGCACCAAAUAAAAUUCACAAUGCCUUACGGCGUUUACAUUUGGGGAAAGUGGACUCGGGUCCACAGGCUAUGCAAAGGAACUACAACUGCCUGAGAACGUGUUUGUGUGUGUGUGUGAAUGAGUGUUUGAUGAUGAUAGAAGGGAUGCUGAGUCCAGAAUGAGUGUAUGAGCGUACAGUUGUGAAUGACAUGGAGAAAAAAAAGUUAGAAACGUGACACCCCCCCCCCC